UAUUGAUAUUUGAAAGGCAAUUGCCCAGUGGUUUGAUUUAUGCUGUAUAAAGAAUUAUGUUUGUGACAAGUAGUACAAAGAUGUAGAAUAGCCAGAUUUCCCUGUACCACAACGUAGCUUGUUUUAACCUUCUGUUUGACCAGAACAAGAAUGAGUUUUUAAAUUCUUAAUUGUUAAAGGUUAUCGAACUAGGCUGGACUUGGUAAAACAGCAGAUUGGUGCUGCAGUCAUUCUUGAGUACCUCAAUGAGAAGAACCGGCCGUACAGUGCCCAAGAUGUCUUCGGAAACCUGCAAAAGCAGCACGGCUUGGGAAAGACGGCAGUGGUGAAAGCUAUGGAGCUGUUGGCGCAGGAAGGAAAAAUCAUGGAGAAGGUCUAUGGAAAGCAAAAGAUCUAUUUUGCUGUUCAAUCUCAGUUCGCAGAUGUCAGCGAUUCGGACCUUAAGGAAAUGGAUAGUCAGAUCUCGCAGCUUAACUCCCAGAUACACACAGUAACACAGGAUUGCAAGCAGCUUGACAUGGCUCUGAAGGAGCUCAACAGCUCAAUGACAACACCGGAAAUGACAUCAGAGGUCCAGCACCUGACGCAGGAGUGCACUGCGUACGAGGAGCGGCUGGAGAGGAUUAAAUCUUUGACAAACCACGUUACACCCGAGGAGAAGGAAAAGGUUUACAAAGAGAGGGAUCUCUAUCUGAAAGAGUGGAAGAAAAGAAAGCGACUGGCAUCUGAUAUGGUCGAUGCCAUUUUGGAAGGAUACCCAAAGAGCAAGAAGCAAUUUCUGGAAGAAGUUGGUCUAGAGACAGAUGAGGACUGCAAAGUGAAAAUGCCGAACAUCUGACAGAAGAGUAAGGCUGUGCUGCAUGUGUGAGACCAGCUUAAAUGGGCACCGUGGGAUUUAUGGCUGUAAACGCAACAAAACGGAGCGACCUUCUCUGGACCAACUUUUAAUCGUGAGCUUUGUGUUCCAUGCUCAUGAUAUCAGUGUUGGGUUUUUGUUUUGCAUUAUACAUAAUUUAAUGUGUAAAAAGAAUUAAGACUUAGAAAGAGAUGUUUAUUUGCGAUUAGAAAUAUCAAUACAAAAAUAUUUCCAAA